AACGUCAACUCGCAGAAAGUGUUAAUAAUUAAUUUGGAAAUAGGUCCAUUUUGCUGCUGACUUGACUGGCUGCACAUAUGCGAAAUUUUAUUCUGCGCAUGAACAAUAAAGUGCCUAUCAUAUUUCAAGCAAAUUAAAAAAAACAGGGGCUUUCGGUUUUGUUGUUCCUUGACUCAAGCUCAGAAAGCUUCCAGUUGCGACAGCAUUGAAAACAUGGGCGAUCAGAAGAUAACGAAAUGUGACGCAGAACCGGCGAGUUCCCCCUUGCUGUUGCCCGACGGCUACUCUUACUUUCAAGACGGCAUUAAAUGGGUAUCGGAUUUAAUGGAGAUCGAGGACUCCGACGCCGAUUGGUUAGUGGACGCGGAAUUCAUUUGCAAGCGGAUUAGCGAUGUGAUGAGCAAAAAGGAUUGGAUCUACAAGUCUGUGCUGGAGCACCUGCUAACCACGGCCACGUUUUACAGAGGCUCCAAGAUCGACGUGCCGCUCGAUUUCGAGCAGUAUUUACGCUUCCAAAUGCCAUUCCAUGUGACUCCUAUCUUCAAUGCUUCCCAGCCGGGCUACAUUAAUCUAUAUGCGACCAGCACGCAUCCGAUGAUUACGAAGGGUUAUGUGAAUCCGGAGCUAGUUCAGGUCCUUCUACGCGGGAAUCUGCGUGAUGCCAUCAACCAGCUGAAGAGCGUCUACUGCGACAGUAAAGUGCACUACAAGCUGAGCUAUCGCACUCAUGAGAUUGGAGAUCAGGGCUUUGUGCACGAGAUAUUGGCAUGUGAGCAACGCGACGGCGGGAUGCCCAGCAUCAUAUCCUUUGUCUUUUUGCCGGCACUGCAGUUCAAGUUCUCUGAGUUUCCUCUGCCCUCGUUUGUGCCCUCCGGCCCCGCCUGGGCGCACUGCAACAACGUCUACUACUGGCUCGCCCUGCUACAGGUGUAUCCACAAUAUGACAAUCGUAGCUUCUGUCCGUACGUGCCGCGCAUGCAGUUCGUGCAGGACGAUCGCAUGGUCAAGUAUCGCAACGUUUUGCGGCUGUUGGUCAAGAUCGGUCUAGGCAACAAUAUACCCGACAUCUCUGAUAUAUUCGUCAUCAAGGGACUACACUUCUUUCGCUUACGCUACAGCAUGAGCUGCGACUGCAAUCUAUCACUGCCCACGCUCUUUAUGGAGCUUCUCAACAUACACACUAACAUAAUUUACACGGAUGCAACGCAUAAGCUUAUGGUGUUUGGCAACUGCCAGCAGCAUUCGAUGCAGGAGGCGCUAAAGCUGGACACGAUUGCACGUAACGUAUCCAUGUUCUAUUACAUGAACUAUAUACCCUGGGAUCGGCUAAAGCAAAUGUUUGGCCUCAUUUGA